AAUUGCGCAAUAUCCGCAAGCGGUGCAGUCUGGGGUUCAACACAGGGCUGGCGCAACUGGCUAGCUAGCUGACCACUUGAAAUGGACGUGUUCUUAAUGAUUCGACGUCACAAGACUACAAUCUUCACAGAUGCCAAGGAGUCCACUACUGUCUAUGAGCUGAAGCGUAUUGUUGAAGGAAUCCUUAAAAGACCACCUGAAGACCAGCGGCUUUACAAAGAUGACCAGUUGUUAGAAGACAGCAAAACUCUGGGUGACUGUGGAUUCACCAACCAGACUGCCAGACCUCAAGCCCCAGCUACAGUUGGUCUGGCCUUCCGCGUAAAUGAUGAGAUGUUUGAGCAGCUGCACAUUGAGGCCUUCUCCAGCCCCCCAGAACUCCCUGAUGUGAUGAAGCCUCAGGACUCCGGUAGCACUGCCAACGAACAGGCGGUGCAGUGAUAGCAGGGAGAGCAAUGGAGUGAAGGAUGGAAGUGGGUGUGUGUGGAUUAACUGCAGUGGAGAAGUAGCGGGGUGGAGGAUAUGUAAUAUAAUUUCAGUUGAUGGAUGGGAACAUUGUAGGUAACCAAGCCUAUCCACGUUACCUUCAUGCUAUCAUCCCAGCAUCCACCCAAUUUGCUUCAAAAAUUAUUAUUUUUUAACCUCCUUAUUUCCACAUCACGUGCAGUUCUGCUCCUUGAUCUUGCUCCUAAGCACCAACUGGCUCAAACUUUUUGAGUGAGGAAGUUGGUUUGAAAAGUAUGAUUGUGUGUGUAUGUGUGUGUGAGUUAUUAUAAUUAUUAUCAUUAAUAUUUCAGAAAAGGUGAAGGCGUAGUUGUAUGUCACAGUUCUCUAGAAGUAACAUGCAUGGAUAAGGACUCCGGUGUCUCAAAUCGGCAAACUGCAUGAACAAACUGAAAACAAUGGCUUUAUUUUCACAGAAACAGAUGAACCUUCGGCUGAUAAGUUUCCUUGGUCUAGUUCUGCCAGUUAUGUUGUACAUUUUGGAUUUGAUUUCAUACCAGGAAAGAACAUCUUUAUGAUAAAUAUGUUACUUUUAUUUGUUGUCGAUGUUGUCAUUUUGUUUCUUCAGUAUGUUUUACUUGUCAGUUCUUUGUUGUAUGUUUCAUGCACUGAGACCAAAGGCAGGUACCUCUUAGACAGCAGAGGGAUUUUCUGGUAAGAGGACAAACUGUCUGUGACGUACAGUAAACACAGGAGGAGCAUUUUCUUGUAUUAAACUUUAAUUUUGAAAAUGCAUACAUCACAUGUCACCAACAUCAAUGUGGCACCUUCCCCUAAUCACAUAAACAUAGCCUGUAACUGUAAGCUUGCUUAAUUAAAAGUUUUUCCUGUUUUGUUUUUUA